UGCUGCUGUGCUGCAUUCGAGAAGACUUCGUCGUCGCCGCCGCCGCCGCGCCUACUCCAUCCACAACCACCGCGACAACCGAAAACGGACGCUCGCUUCCUGCGUUCCAGCGCCAUAUCUUUCUCCCUCGGGCUACACACAUAUCCCACCUGUCUCCCUCCCUGCGACCCGAUGCUACCGUCGUCGCAGCCAUAGAAGUCCACUUCCAAGCCCUCUCCCCCACCUCCCUCCUGGCACUUCCACGGGUCUCAACAGUCAGUCAAGCUGGCGGAACCAUUACGUCCAGACUACUGUUCUUAUCCGGGAUACGACCACCGGGAGAAAACAAACGCCCACAGGGUGUAUAAACAGCUGUGGAGAAGCGUCAUGAACUCACGGAAACUAGGCGGCAACGCCCUGUCGAUAAAGACCUCUUCGUCGACGGCGUCGUCGCCCACCACAUCCACAAUAGACCCUGAAGACGAGGACGUCACCAUGGUCGACUCCCUCCCCCCAUCCAAGCCACUCACCGUCUCCAUACCCAAAAACAUCGCAAACUCCAGCCACCGCAAACCCACCCUCUCCGAGAUCCUCGCCAACACCGCGCCGCCGCCAUGGACAUUGACAUCCUUCAUGGCGUUCCUCUCCCAGAACCACUGCUUAGAGAACCUCGAAUUCACCAUGGAUGCUUCGCGAUAUCGAAAACACUACUCCAAGAUGGUCAAUCGCCAUCCCGGCAGCCCGAUAUCCCCCCUGUCCGAUGAGUGCACAUACGUCCUCAUGCUCUGGCGGCGAUUGAUCGAUGCCUACAUUCGGGAAUCUGGCCCACGUGAAGUCAAUCUCCCCGCCGACGUUCGAGACACUCUGCUCAACCUCUCCGACUCCUACACCCCACCUCAUCCCUCCGCCUUGGACGAAGCCGUAUCCAAGAUCUACGAACUGAUGGAAGAGAGCGUCCUUGUAUCCUUCCUGAACUCUGCAUGCCCCCAGUCCGCGUAUCCCCAGUCCGCGUACCCGGCCUCGACGGGUCACGCUAGCCAUGACUCAAGCUUCGAUCGAUCCCACACUCGCAGCUACGAUGAGCGAACCCUUUUCCACCGAGGCCAGCCACACCAUGUCCCCGCCCACCAACGAGCCUCCGCCCCGUCGUCCCUCGCCAACACAUUCAUGCACCCGCGACCCUUCUCUCAUUCCCGUUUCAACUCUCAGCCUGCCUCAACCACCUCGGCAUCGUCGAACUCCGCACGCAUAACGUCGGGCUACGGCAGUGGCAGUGAAGCCUUGACGGACGACUCCGGCAGCGGGAGCCCCAGCGGACUGAGCGAUCCCCUAACACCCCCCGGGACGCCCCCGAUGAGCGACUACCCCAUGGCCGACUACCACCAGGCCUACUACGAAACAGGCAGUGGCACUACCAGUGGAACUCCAAGCCCUCGAACCAGCCGUGGCGAGCACAACGGUCUCGCCAACGCCACUCGGGACAGUUGGAAGCGUGUGAGCAGCAAGCUCUGGCCGAAGAAACGAUCCGGGGGCGCAUUGAGGGAAGAGGACGGAGUUGUUGAAGGAGGCCUCUUCUGAGGAAAUCACGACAUACCCGAACGAGGAAAAAUUUAAUACACGAUCACGACAGUGCGAUAUCGAAAGCGUCUUUUCGCAUAACAAACCUGCAUUUGGGCUGCAUCAUCCGGCGUUCACCAUUUUGUUAUCAUUCCAAAACU